AUGCAAAGGAGAGCCAUCCAAAUGCAACUAUCCAGAGAGUGGCAAGAGACUGAUGGUUUUCCUGGCAUUAGAGGCCUGCCUCUAGGCUAUCUCAUUCAGCUUGAACAGCGACUCGCAGACACCGAAUUGGCCUUAUUCGAAGCAUUAGCGACACUACACUCACUUGGCCAUGGCGAACUCGCCUUAGCCAAGGCGUCGACGAAGCCUGGAAAUGAAAGUAGACAAGGGAAGCAGGCACGCAUGGAAGAAUGGACUAGGCUACCUCUCCGGGAUGGGAAUUCUUCUGAUAUCAAAACCUGGUGGAAGGCUAAAGACGAGAACUACAUUAUACACGAGAGCUCUGAGCACUCAUGGCCUCAGUUCUCCUUAAUGUCAACCGAUAACCCAUCAAUGGAACGGGUGGCGACGAAUAAUGCCGCGAAGAGAAUGAAGACAUUCAACUUUGAAACUAGAGCCUCACCGCAAUCACCAGCAGCGAGUCAAUCAUCUGCCUUCUCAACAGACACCCUACUGAAUUAUCGAGGAAACCUUCGUUAUAGUAACGACGAUCUGAGGCGCCUGCCUGCAACACCACCACCUCCUGAAAGCAUUAUCAAUAGGGAUGUAGGACAGCAACAUAUUUUUGAAGGUAAUACAGGAUAUGCAUCAAUAAUCGACACAAACCAGCCUGAAGCCUUGCCCCGCGAGUUGCAGACCUCCGAGACAGGAGACGGUGACAAGGCUUCCAUUCUCGCCAGUACACAAUCCAAUCUUUACUUUUAG